AUGCAGCAGGUCCUGGACAACCUGAUGGGGCUCCCGGGGAGCCGGGGGGUGGCGGACCUCGACCUCAUCUUCCUCCGCGGCAUCAUGGAGAGCCCCAUCGUGCGCUCCCUGGCCAAGGCUCACGAGCGGCUGGAGGAGCGCAAGCUGGAGGCGGUGCGCGGGGACAACCUGGCGCUGGUGCAGGAGAUCCUACGGGACAUCGGGCGCCUGGCGCGGCCCGAGGCGCAGGGAGCGGCGGCGGAGCUGGCCCGGAUCCUGCGGGAGCCGCACUUCCAGUCGCUGCUGGAGACCCACGACUCGGUGGCUGCCAAGAGCUACGAUCCCCCCCCGAGCAGCCCCGGCCCCGAGGCCUCGCUGGGGUCGCAGCCGGUGCCCCCCGACGCCGUGCGCAUGGUGGGCAUCCGCAAGGCAGCCGGGGGAGAACCUGCGGGGCUGUCCCCUCAGGGGGUGACGUUCCGGGUGGAGCGGGGGGAGCUGGUGAUCGCCCGCAUCCUGCACGGGGGGAUGGUGGCGCAGCAGGGGCUGCUGCACGUGGGGGACGUGAUCCGCGAGGUGAACGGGCGCGAGGUGGGCAGCGACCCGCGGGCGCUGCAGGACAGCCUGCGCCACGCCAGCGGCAGCGUCGUGCUCAAGAUCCUGCCCAGCUACCAGGAGCCACACCCGCCCCGCCAGGUGUUUGUCAAGUGUCACUUCGACUACGACCCGGCCACCGACAGCCUCAUCCCCUGCAAGGAGGCCGGGCUCAAGUUCAUGGCCGGGGACCUGCUGCAGAUCGUCAACCAGGAUGACCCCAACUGGUGGCAGGCGUGCCACGUGGAGGGCGGCAGCGCGGGGCUGGUGCCCAGCCAGCUGCUGGAGGAGAAGCGCAAGGCUUUCGUCAAGCGGGACGGGGAGGUGGCGCCCUCGGCAGGGGCCCUGUGUGGCAGCCUCAGCGGGAAGAGGAAGAAGAGGAUGAUGUACCUGACGACGAAGAACGCCGAGUUCGACCGGCACGAGCUGCUGAUCUACGAGGAGGUGGCGCGGAUGCCGCCGUUCCGCCGGAAAACGCUGGUGCUGAUCGGGGCUCAGGGCGUGGGGCGCCGCAGCCUCAAGAACAAACUGAUCAUGUCUGACCAGGCGCGCUACGGCACCACCAUCCCCUACACGUCCCGGAAGCCGAAGGAGAGCGAGCGGGACGGGCAGGGCUAUCGCUUCGUGUCGCGGGGCGAGAUGGAGGCGGACAUCAAGGCGGGCCGGUACCUGGAGCACGGCGAGUACGAGGGGAACCUCUACGGCACCAGGAUCGACUCCAUCCGCGCCGUGGUGGAGGCGGGCAAGAUGUGCAUCCUGGACGUGAACCCGCAGGCCGUGAAGGUGCUGAGGACGGCGGAGUUCGUGCCCUACGUGGUGUUCAUCGAGGCGCCCGGGCCCGAGAGGCUGCGAGCCAUGAACAGGGCGGCGCUGGAGAGCGGCGUGGCCACCAAACAGCUCACGGAGGCAGACGCCCAGCGCACGGUGGAGGAGAGCAGCCGCAUCCAGCGUGGUUAUGGGCACUACUUCGACCUGAGCCUGACCAACGAUGACCUGGAGCGCACCUUUGGGCGCCUGCGGGAGGCCAUGGAGCACCUGCGCGUGCAGCCCCAGUGGGGUCCCCCGUCACCUGGGUCUAUUAGGGACCCCCGAACCCCCCCUCAGCCCCCCAACCCACCCGGGGCUGUGUCCCAUGAUGAGCUCGCAGGGGGUGGGGGGGCUCUCUGCAGACCCCCCCCAGGCCCACGCCCUGGGGUCACCUCGUGCACACGCGUGGGCACCUCCUAG